AAAGUCCACAAACAUGAAGUCUCUUAUUCUCCUUGCUCUUUUCUCUGUGGCAUUUGCCGCCCCUCUGGAUGAAGACGACAAGAUCGUCGGAGGGUAUGAGUGCAGGAAGAAUGGUUUGCCCUACCAGGUGUCCCUGAACUCUGGGUACCACUUCUGCGGUGGUUCCCUGAUCAGCAACCUGUGGGUGGUGUCUGCUGCUCACUGCUACAAGUCCCGUAUCCAGGUGCGUCUGGGUGAGCACAACAUUGCUGUCAGUGAGGGCACCGAGCAGUUCAUUGACUCUUCCAAGGUCAUCAGACAUCCCAGCUACAACAGCUACACCCUGGACAAUGACAUCAUGCUGAUCAAGCUCAGCCGCGCUGCCUCCCUGAACAGCUACGUGUCAACUGUGUCUCUGCCUAGCAGCUGUGCCGGUGCUGGUACCUGGUGUCUGAUCUCUGGAUGGGGCAACACCCUUAGCAGUGGCACAUACUACCCCGACCGUCUGAUGUGCCUGGAUGCUCCCAUCCUCAGCGACACCACCUGCCGUAACUCUUACCCUGGCCAGAUCACCAACAACAUGUUCUGUGCUGGCUUCGUGGAGGGAGGCAAGGACUCUUGCCAGGGUGACUCUGGUGGCCCUGUUGUGUGCAAUGGUCAGCUGCAGGGUGUUGUGUCCUGGGGAUACGGCUGUGCCCAGAAGAACCGCCCUGGUGUCUAUGCCAAGGUCUGCAACUACAACACCUGGAUCAGGAACACCAUGAACUCCAACUAGAUCCUGGCCUAGCUUGCAGAUACUAUACUAUAGGAAUGUGCAGAGAGCCCAGUAUUUGUAUCUGUAUUUGCUGUAUUUGUGGAGGCAGCGGAUAUAGUGGAUAUAGUAGUUGAAUAAAAGUGGA